UAGUUUAAGCGGAAAAAUAUUUUUUGAUAUGCUCGAAAUGAAUAAAACUGCAAUUGGAAUUGCGGCUGGGGUUGCUGGAACUUUGUUCAUUGGAUAUUGCAUCUACUUUGACAAGAAACGCCGAAAUGACCCAGAAUAUAAGAAGAAAGUCCGUGAGCGUCGCCGCCGCAGCAAAAAAACUGGAAAUACUAAGGCAGGAAUUCCAAAUCUAAAUGACCAUGAAGCUAUUGAAAAAUAUUUUCUACAAGAAAUUCAGCUGGGUGAAACCCUUAUAGCCAGAGGAGAUUUCGAAACUGGCGUAGAGCAUUUGGCAAACGCGAUUGUUGUUUGCGGCCAGCCGGCACGUUUGCUGCAAGUGCUACAAUCGUCCCUCCCAGCUCAAGUAUUUGCAAUGUUGAUUGUAAAAAUGCAGGAAUUCGGGAACCGAGCUGCGGAGUCGAACGAUAUACAGGUCAACGUGGGCGGACAACAAGUGGACAGCAAAAUGCUAGACAGCUCAUCGGGAGCUGGAAUUGAUGACCUGGAAUAAAAAUUGGAGAUGGCCGUAAAUACUAUAAUAAAAUGUUCAACAAUAGAAAUUAAGGGCCUCAUAUUUUAGUUACGUUUCCAAUACAUACAAAUAAAUGUACGUACACUAAAGAUUCACGCA